AUGGAGUUAUACAAGUCAGGUUUGGAAAGAAGUGAAAGGAAAGACGCACUUGGUGGGUCUGAAAUGGAAGCGCCGAUUAGGAUCAUUCAAAGCAAGUCGAAGACGGGCAACGUGAAGAAGAGUAUUCAAUCGUCAUCUACUGUGACUCUACAGUCAAAUAUGGAAACGGCGUUUUCGAUCGUCGAUGAGAAGUUGAGAUGGUAUGCUGAGCGUUUGGCGAAGUCGGAAGAUCUUAGUGAAAUUGUGCAAUUACAAGAGGCCAUUUUUGGUGCUCUCAGAAUCCUUAAACUGAAGCAUUGA